CUUUAGAAGUGGUAGGAACUAAAACACCCAGUGAGAGACCGGAACUCGUGUCGGACCACUUCCUGUCCUGUGUGAGGUCACAAUGCUCGCCCUGAGACGGUUUCAGCGGAUAAAAGCUGUUUUUUCCCAACAUGGAAAUGCAAGUUUAAGAAGUUUGACCUCUUCAAAUGUAGAACAACAGAAAGAUGACGUGCUGGUAAAGAUUGAAAACCCGUACAUAGAAGCACAGAAAGGAUGCAUCCUCUGCAGCGUCACAGUGGACUUCAAAAACAUUCAGCUGCUGUCUCAGUUCAUCUCACCUCAUACGGGCAGAAUAUACGGCCGACACAUCACAGGCCUGUGUGGAAGAAAACAGAAGGAAGUCUCUAAAGCUAUAAAGAAAGCUCAGUCGAUGGGUUUCAUGUCGGUGACUCACAAGCAUCCGCAGUUUAUGAAGGAUCCCAACAUCUGCGGCGUCAGACAUCUGGAUUAGUGGAUCAAUGUGUGAAACUCGUCUACUGUGUUGAAACUGUAAUUAUUAUUAUUUGUUAAUUAAAACCUCUGAUUCUGA